AUGGCUUCAACAAGGAUUUCCUCCCAUCACGUACUACUGCAGAAACUUAAUCUGCUCAAGGAAGUAGAUGCUGGUACCGAUUCAGAAAAUGAAGAUGAUGGCAAUAGUUACAAUGUAGUAGAUGCUGGUACUGGAUCAGAAGAUGAAGAUGAUACCGAAUUCUGUGAGUUUCAUGGUGAGAGGGAAUUGAAGUAUCCUAGUGCUCCACCAUAUGCUCCUACUAGAAUCCGACUAAAGUUACAUACAGUCUACAACAUUCCCAAGAAGGAUUGUGUGAAGUGUAAGGAAGAGAAGCUCGCAAAGCAGAAACGGAAGAAAUCCAAGGAGCCCAAUAUAGUCACCAUGUCUAAGAAUGGUCAUCCGAGGGUUGCUCCACUGCAUGAGUCCGGCAAGCACCAGUUCUUAGUUUACUAUUAG